AUAAACUUCACUAAACGAAGAGCGCAGUCUCUUUUUCUUGAUGCUCCUUCCCUAAAUCAACUGAAAUCGAUUCAGAUCAGAAGCGUUGCUUGUGGAACUUGAUUGUUAGGUUAUGGAGGAAAACAGAAGGAAGAUGUCUUCUUUGCAGUUGUGUUGUUUUCUAGUGAUUGGUUGCUUGGUUUCAACCAUUUACGCUUCUUCCGACGCUAUAUUUUACGAGUCAUUUGAUGAAUCGUUUGAGGGGAGUUGGAUCGUGUCUGAGAAGGAAGAUUAUUCUGGUGAAUGGAAACACUCAAAGAGCGAAGGGCAUGAUGAUUAUGGGCUCCUGGUGAGUGAAAAGGCUAGAAAGUACGCAAUUGUUAAGGAAUUAGAAAAGCCUGUUGAACUCAAGGAUGGAACAGUUGUUCUCCAGUUUGAAGUCCGUCUUCAAAACGGUCUCGAAUGUGGUGGUGCAUAUCUAAAAUAUCUCCGCCCACAGGAAGCUGGGUGGACAGCCAAAGGAUUUGACAACGAGUCUCCUUACUCAAUCAUGUUUGGCCCUGACAAAUGUGGUGCAACAAACAAAGUCCACUUCAUCUUAAAACACAAGAACCCUAAAAGUGGAGAAUAUGUUGAACAUCAUCUCAAGUUCCCACCUUCUGUCCCUUCGGAUAAACUCACCCAUGUGUACACUGCCAUUUUGAAACCUGAUAAUGAGGUUAGAAUCUUGGUUGAUGGGGAAGAGAAAAAGAAGGCCAAUUUCUUGUCUGGUGAUGACUUUGAGCCCGCUUUGAUCCCGGAUAAAACCAUACCCGACCCGGAGGACAAAAAGCCCGAAGAUUGGGACGAACGGGCUAAGAUUCCCGACCCGGAAGCAACAAAGCCUGAGGACUGGGAUGAGGAUGCGCCUAUGGAUAUUUUAGAUGAGGAAGCUGAAAAACCAGAAGGUUGGUUGGAAGAUGAGCCUGAGGAAGUUGAUGACCCUGAAGCAGUGAAACCCGAGGAUUGGGAUGAUGAAGAAGAUGGUGAAUGGGAGGCGCCCAAGAUUGACAACCCGAAAUGUGAGGCAGCACCUGGUUGUGGUGAGUGGAAGAGGCCAUUGAAAAGGAACCCAGCUUACAAGGGUAAAUGGCAUGCUCCUCUUAUUGAUAACCCUGCUUACAAGGGUAUCUGGAAGCCUCGUGACAUUCCUAACCCUGAUUACUUUGAACUUGAGACACCCAACUUUGAGCCGAUUGCUGCUAUUGGUAUUGAGAUCUGGACAAUGCAAGAUGGAAUCUUGUUUGAUAAUGUUUUGAUAGCAAGUGAUGAAAAGACCGCAGAAACUAUCAGGGAGACGACAUGGAAGCCCAAGUUUAAGGUGGAGGAAGAGAAACACAAAGCUGAAGAACAGGAAGCUGGUUUUGAUGGUCUCAAGGGCAUCCAGAAAGCAGUGUUUGAUGUCCUUUACAAGAUUGCCGAUCUGCCUUUCUUGGGAGACCACAAGGUCAAGGUUUUGGAACUUAUUGAGAAGGCUGAAAAACAGCCAAACAUUACAAUUGGUGUCAUAGUUUCGAUUGUUGUGGUGAUCUUUAGCGUCUUGUUGAAGUUGUUGUUUGGUGGAAAGAAAGCUACUCCAAAGGUGACUGUAGCUGAACCAGCAAAGAAGGAAGAAGGUGAAUCAUCAAACACAGGGGCAGCAGCAGCAGCUGAAGAGGAAGAGAAGAAUGAUGAGCAAAAUGAGGAUGCUGCUGCUCCACGUAGAAGGACAAGACGUGAUAUCUGAUGUCAUGUCAUGUGUAAUGAAUGGAAGUUGAAAAACAAGAAAGACGACGGAUUAUUCAAGUAUUGGUAGAAGAAUGUAGUGUUUAGUUGGGGUAUUUGCAUCAUCUAAUUACAUGUUUUUAUUUCUUUGGGUUUUUUUUUUUUUUUUGUUAAACAAAAGAUUUUGUGGGGUGUAGAAGGAAGGGAAAAAGUUUAUUUUGUAUGACGUUGUAAAUGAGAGAAAUUCUUAUCUAGAAUCGGGGAUUGUGUGCUGAAA